UCAAUCUCAACCUCCCGUGAGUACAAUGGCUUCAGAAUCAGGCCCUGCUAUGGCUUCUCUGCCACUUCAGGAUCGAGUGGUCAUUGUAACCGGUGCCUCUCGGGGCAUCGGCCGAGCCAUCGCCUUUCACCUCGCUGCUCUUGGUGCCCGUAUUGUUGUCAAUUAUGUGUCAUCCUCGGCUAAAGCUGACCGUGUUGCUGCUGAGAUCAAUUCAUCCUCGGCCACCAUGAGUGGCCUACGAGCCAUUGCCUGGCGGGCAGAUGUGUCCGAUCCAGAGCAAGUGAAGUCGCUGUUUGACACAGCCGAGCAGACAUUUGGCGCCCAGGUCCAUAUCAUGGUUAAUUGUGCUGGAAUUUCUGAUCCUACUUACCCUUAUAUUGCUGAUACUAAACUGGAGAUUUUUGACCAGAUUUUCAGUGUGAACACGAGAGGAAGUUUCCUGUGCUGCAGAGAAGCAGCAAACAGAGUGAAACGCGGCGGUGGGGGGCGGAUAAUACUGAUUGAACACUAAGAAACAAAAUUGUUACUGUUUUUUUUUUAUCCUUUUAGUUAAUAAUUCAACAGACUCUGAAUUACGAAAAUGUAAAUAUUACUUUUUUUUAAAAAAAUAAGGAGUAUAUGUCAAUUUUUA